CACGUGCAGUGCAGUUUAGCAAGCUCAAAAACUGCUCGACCAUGAUUAAUUUACUAUGAGAAAUGUCAAAGGAAACAUCAGGUAAAUAUUUCCUGACUUUCAGGGGAGAAAUCCCUUACAGCAAAGAAGUAACCAUGUCUUGGACAUUCGCCUCAUAAAUUAUUGAAGGUAAAUUAAUAUUUGUUUAAUAAAGUUCAAAUAAGUAAAACGUUGAAGGAAAUGAUUGGUCUAAUUCUAGGGAAUUAAUAAUUUAGCGCAUUUUGGGAAAAUGCCGCGUCGAUGUAAAAAGUUUUAAAGCAUGAAAGUGAUGACACAUGGUCGCGGGUAACGUUACAGAGAUUGAACAUUGUUUUAGAGAUCAAUUGGUGAUGCUGAGGACAUGUUAAGUAAACCGUUUGUAAGUUCUGGUACAGUUUCACUCUACUUUUUAAAAGCCUUCUAACAUAAGUUUAUUUUUCAGCUUCAUAAGAAACAAAGACGGCAGUUUGAUCUCCUCUGGACCAGUGAUGAUUCUUUUAGUUCCUUGACAUGCACAUAUGUAACGUUACCUACAUUCAUCUGUCAACAUUACUACCUCUCAUUCUCACCAUCAACAUUAUGCUUUGUAUGGCAACAUGUAAUAAUGCAGAAUAUGAAAUUAAUGGAGAGUGUUGUCCAAUGUGUGAUCCAGGAAAAAGAGUUAAGAUCCAUUGUGAUGCGUACACAAGCACAACAUGUGAUUCAUGUCCUGCGAUGACCUACGCUGAUGUUCCUAAUGGAUUCACAAAAUGUCUACCAUGUUUUGUGUGUGAUUCAAGUAAUGGGUUGAGAGAAAAGCAGGCAUGUACAUCAAUAUCAGAUACAAUGUGUGAACCUCUUCCAGGUUAUUACUGUGUAGACUUGCUCUCCAACUGUAAAAAGGCCAUGAAACAUUCAACCUGCUCACCUGGACAAUACAUCAGUCAAACCGGAACAGAAUUUAGUGAUACGGUGUGUGAUAUCUGUCCUGAUGGUUCAUAUUCAGAUGGUACAUUCUGCAAACUGCAUACAAAGUGUGAAUCUCUUGGAAAAACAACAGUCAAAGCAGGAACUGAGAUAUCUGAUGUUGAAUGCAGUAAAGGAACGCCUUAUUUACAGAUUUUAAUUCCAUCUAUGUGCGGAGUAUUUGUGGUGCUUGUCAUAAUUGCAGUUACUUUAAAGAGAAAAAAGAACCAUUCAAGGUUUUUCCUGGGUCAAACUUUGAUGGCGGACGGUCAUCCACACACACAGUAAAAAGAACUCUUAACUACGUGAUCUGCAAGCAAAUGACUGA